UAUGUCGCAGGCGGCUUUUGUAAGACCAUUAGGUUUGAAAAGUACCUAAAAAUGAUCAAGAAUACAACCGCGAUGGUUCUUCAAGUUGUAUGUGUUGCUCUGAUGGUGUCUACAGAAAUUUCAGUGUUGGCAUGCAGUUUGAAUACAAGGGGGAACAUAAGGUAAAUUUGAAUCCGGUUCAAGCUUAUUCUUUGGUCAAUAAAUCAACUUUGGGUGUUCUCAUCUGAAUGACCUUUCUUUCUAGUGAGAGGUUAACAAUAGAGGAAAUGCCGCCAGUAUUAGAACCUCAAAAUGCUUCGGCCAUUUUAAAGAAACUUUUGAGCAAUUACGACAAAAGGCUGAGACCCGGACAUGCAGGUAAUUUUUUGUGUUUUCCUGUUUUUGUUGCCUUUGUUAAAAUGAGACCAUGUUCAUCCUUACUUGUCACGAAAAUUAUUUCCUUUAACCGCGAAAAUUAGUACCAUAAUGUACCGGACAGAUUUAGCGAAGAGUGUUUUGUUUUUGCCUUUUGCCAAAAUCACCUUUUUUUCUCUCAGACUGACCUUUUUUUUUUUUUUCAGAACGACCACUUGAUAUUGCGAUAGACAUUGGAGUGCUGUCCAUUUCAAAUAUUGAGGAAGAAAACAUGGUAAGCUAGUCUUCAAUUUAGUAGCCUGAGUCGUAGACACCCUACACUGCCGGUAUAGACUACAUCAGUGGUUUGAUGCGUGAGCCGAUGUAACGUAGGCUACACGAUUUUUUGCAGUUUAUUUCUUUAUAAAAUUUAGGUACUCUUGUAUUCUUCACUUGGUUCGACCACCUGCAUGGAAUCCAAGACAGUCUUAGAUUCCAUACCUGGAAUCCAGCCUUUGUCUGUGGAAUUUAGAUUCUAGAUUCCAAUCGUUAGUGGGAUUCUAGAUCCCUUGAGCUGUAUUCCGGAUUCCAGAGCCCGGGAUUUCAGAUUCCACAAACAAAAAUUUCCUGCAUUUCCUAACAUGGUGCAAAUGGUUACAGUGCAGCACUUGAUAACUAACAAAGCAUUCUUACUCGUACUUAGAAAUUCACAGUGGAUAUGUUCAUGAGGCAAUUGUGGUUCGACAGCAGACUGGCGUUUGGCAAUGGAAGCAACGCCCUUGUGCUGCAGCAAGAUGUCCUUGAUAAGUUAUGGCUACCUGAUACGUACUUCGAAAACAGUGUAAAGACCACUGUGCAAAAAGAAACAAUGACGGUGAUACUAACUGGAGAUGGUUUGCUUGCUUAUUCCAAGAGGUAAUUUGGAUCUUUAAGGGAAAAAAAGUUACGCUGACACUUUUGGAUAAGUGUGGUACUCGAGUAGUCAUUUGAAAUGUCGCUGCCAACAAAAAGUGGUUUCGGCGACAACUUUGCCAAAGAACUGGGGCUGAAUCAAACUAUUCGACACAGAAGACCCAAUCAUCAUUUUAAAGCAAUUUAAAGUAAUUAAUUUGUUGGAAGAAGGAGAAUUCUUAUACCAGAGCUCCGAGCUCCAGGUUAGAAUCGAACUCACGACCCUCCGAGUUCUAGCUCGGACGCUCUAACCACUGAGUUACUGGAAACUCUGUGGAGAGAAAUUUAGUUAUGAUAAGAUAAAGAUUUCAAGAAUAACUGUCCACUGAACACAUGAGUGUACAAACAAAGGAUGUACAAUCAGUUUAAUAAACUGUUUCUUUGUCUUUAAGCUUGUAAUUUUUCGUUUAAGGGUAAAGGUCAUCGCCAGGACGUCGAUGAAUUUCCACGCCUUUCCCAUGGACAAGCAAACAUUCAGAUUGGAUGUUGCAUCAUGUAAGCAUUCGUAGCUUAUUAGGAGGCAUGUUAAGACAUGGGUCACAUCAUAACUUGCAUAAUUUUGAGAUGAAACGGAUUGUUUUGAUCAGUUGUCGUGAAACUUGGCAAACAGUUUUAGCUCGGUGACCUUAACAAUAGGACUAUUUAUCCGAGGAAAAAUAAGACGCGUCUUACUUUAGUCUCCUUCGCAGCCAGUCUUACAUAGGACGCGUCUUAAAUAAGACGCGAACUUUCCUGUUCUUAGAUAAGACGCGUCUUCGCUAAGACAAGAAAAACUUCGUAUAAAUGACCUUCGCGUCUUAAAAAAGACGCGAACGCAUAGUACGCAUACGUUAAUUUUUGGCGCACCACGUUGGAUUGCCGUUGCUACGGGCAACAUUUACAUGAAAACGAGUCAAGAACAGAAAUAAGACGCGAACCAUUUAUACGAGCUGUUCUUGUCUUAGAUAAGACAUGCUCGUAUAAAUGGUACAGUUUGCGUCUUAUUUAAGACGCGUCUUAUGUAACACGUGUCGUAUUUUUCCUCGUAUAAAUGGCCCUAACAUGUGACACAUUCCUUGUUGAAAUAUUAGUCACGUGACCUGCAAAUGAUCGCUAACUUUCAAAGUGUUCAAAUUAAAACGGUGGAAAGGAAAUGAAAGAGUAGGCACCAGUGUUUUUCCCAUGGCCUGGAUAUUAUGAAACAGCCCUACAUGUAUGCCUAAGUGGAGCAAGGAUUACGAAAUAAAGAAAAACAGGUCACUUGACUUUUAAAAGACUUAAAUAACUCUUAUUUACAAUCCAGACAGUUUCGCUGACAAUUUGAUGACAAGUAUUUUUAGGCUGAAGUUUAAAAACCUUGCUCCCUUUGAGAAAACAGGUUUUAUGAAGUUAUGGUCCAAGGAAUGUCACGUGAUACUUGGGAAGAAUUUUCCAAAACUAUUUUAGUGAGAUAAGUCUUAUCAUAUCUUUGUGGAACCCUUUACUUGGACCCUUCUGCGUCACUGAAAAAGGUUAUUUGCAUUCUCUGUGGGGGGUCUUUUUAGCCUUUCAACCCAUGCCUUAACUUAACUCAUCGACUACCUAUUUUUUCUUUGCAGACGGAUUUGAAACCAGCCAACUGCGCUACAGACGUAUACAUGUGCAUAUGUUGAACGAAGCCUAUGAGAUGUCAGAUUUUGUGAUCAUCAAUCAAAGUACAACAAUCGGUACCACAAAAUACUUCCUUGGUAUGAAACAGUCUCAUGUCAUCAUAGUUUGGUAAACAAGUGUCAGAAAAAUGUAGCAAUGUCAAAUCAGCGGUACAUCGAAAGCGCGAGAAGGGGCGCUUUAAACUCUCUUUGGAGUCAGCAAGUUUCCAUAUUGAAUUCGAGUCUUGGGAUUUCUAUACUUUGGUGCAGAUUAAUAGUAAUGGUUUAGUUAUCCUCUUAAAAAAUAGAGGCAACAUGCACCAUAAAUUAAUCAAUAUGAUACAAUUACAAAUGAUCACCUCACCCGAUCAAUUAUCUUAAGAUCGUAGUUGUAUUUCGAAGCUAGCAAUUUGAAAAUUGAUUAAUAUAUUAUUUAUCACCUUUGAAACGAGACGGUAUGGCCGUGAAUGUCCUGAUCCCAUCUAUCUUUGUUACAGGUUGUUUUGAGAUAUUGAAAAUCGCCUUUACCGCUAAGAGAAGAAGUGGUUAUUAUUUCAUAAAGGUCUAUUUUCCGGCUAUUCUUUGCACAGUGGUUUCGUGGCUGGCUUUCUGGAUCGACCCACGAAACAUUGGGGACAGGGGAACUGUCGGUAUUACCUCGCUACUUACGCAGAUGUUCUUGGUGCAAAGCGUUAAUGAGAAUAUGCCACGUGUCAGCUAUGUAAAGGCUGCUGACCUGUUUUUAAUUGUGUCUUUCGCGUUCUCCUUUACUACGCUUCUUGAGAGCGUUAUCGUUUACAAGGCCGCCUCAAGAGAAAAGCGGAAGGUGAAAUCUUCACCUAUUGCCACACAGGAACACGAAACCGAUCAACAGACAUGUGUGUCGAAUCAAAACGAAGAGACGGCUGUUAAUGUCCUCGAGAGGAAGAACAGAAUCUCAAUGAUUCUCCACCUUACAGAAGCUAAAGGUAUUUCAGAGGUCCAAGAAACGAACAGGCUCAUGGAAACAUGGAUCGACAGAGUAUCCCGAGUCCUUUUCCCAUCUGCCUAUGCAGCUUUUUUAGUUGGUUAUUUCACUACGUAUAUGGCUUAA